AUGAAGGUGUUUCUGUCUCUUCUGUUGGCUGCUGUCACUUGCAUGGAUUUGGGACACUCCUUGAAGUGCUACACGUGCAGGGAUUUGACCCCAGUUGACAAGUGCCAGGCAAUUGAGAACUGCACAAAGGAGGAGACCAUGUGCAAGACCACAAUGUACUCCCUGGAGGAUGUUUACCCCCCCACGGGGGUCUCCACUGUCACCAAGAUGUGUGCCUCCAGCUGUGAGCCCUCCAGCGUGGACAACAUCGGGAUGACGCGUCCCGUCACCUGCUGCUACUCUGACCUGUGCAACUUGGAUGGAGCAGCAGCUCUGAGCACCAGCACGGUGCCACUUGGGAUCCUGGCAAGUUCCCUCUGUGCCUUUUUCUGCACUAGACUGUGA